AUGCCGAAGAGCCCUAAGAUCCAUUUCGUUCACGAGAAUGAGCCCGGAACGCCUCUGGACCCCACGCAAGUCCGCGCGCUACGGUCGCAUGUGCGGCAAGUCAACCUCGAGAGAUCGCAGCAGCGAACAACUCAACGAAUGGAGAACUUCAGAUCCUUGUCCAUCGAUGACUUCUCGGAGAACGGAGAAAUCAGGCCUGGAAAACGAAGAUUUGCCUCACGCCCGGAGCCGACUACUACUUCGCAAGGUCCCUCGGAGCUUGGUGAUGAGGCUCCCAUACAGCAUGCCGUUCCUCAGUUGGAUUUCAACACGAGGCCGGAACAGUCUGUAACAGCAUCUUCACGGAGCUCCUUCCCACUUUCAGACAGCUCACACUCAGUAUCUAGAGAGCGAAACCGCCCCGCAUCUACUACGCCUGGUCUGCAUCCUUACACGUCAAACAUCUCGGCCGUUACAGGGCUAGAUGAAGGCCGGGUGGAUCAGUUGCUGACUAGCUAUGCCUUUCAAAUGGCCCUUGACCCUCUGAUCACGGCGGAGCAUGACGAAUGUGACGUGGCCUGCUUGUCUACUUUCCCUGACCUCCUCGGGAAUCCGGCGUUCCUGUUCGCUCUUGUGUAUUCUAUGGUCCUCUCAUCCAACGCCUGGAGAUGUUCCAAUGAGAGUCUCCACCUCAAAGGUCGUGCCAUCGAGUGCCUUCACCAAGCCUUGCCUCAGGACAAUACUACCUUACGGGCCCUUUCUAUCUGCGCUAUAUUGAUGCUUUGUCAUGCUGCUUCUCGUUCAGGUGAAUAUACCGAAUAUGCAGCUCACUCGGAAGGGCUCUACCACCUCAUGCAAGUGUGGAGGACCAGCGGAUCUGCGCUCCCUUCAGAUGUUCUCCGAGCAGUUUUUUGGCACGACCUCACCGGUGCUGGCAUCUUUGGAGCACUACGGAGAUUUUCCGAGGUAGACUUUCCAAGUCUGUUCAACCAAAGCCUGGACCGCACUUACACGGUUCAACAGGACUUGCCUUUUGGCUUCGUCUCCCAUGAAGAGGUGAUACACCAUGACCUUCUCUCCUGCCUCAAGGAGAUCACUGGGCUACAGAAAAUAGUGGCCAUGAACUCGCUCGAGUCCGUGGCACUCGAUGACAUCCGGGCGUCCAUUGUCUCUCGUCUUGUUGUUUUGCAGCAAGCCUGUGAGAGCCUGGGGCCGGUGUCUGAAUGCUGUCGACUAGCAGCGUACAUUGUCUGUCAUUUAUGUUCCAAAACAGCCUGUGCACAUGCGCCCCAUGUCCCCGUCCGCCUCUCGGAAAAGCUAGCACAUGUACUCCAAGACACAAUCAGAGAUGCAGCCUGGCACCUACGACACGAUUUGCUACUGUGGCUGGUGUUUGUUGGUGCGUCUGCAUCGAGAUGUGACGGGGACCUGUUCCGACCGCUGAAUCCGCAAUACAGACAUAUCAUGGAAGUAGUUCUUCAGCUAGCCGUAACGUGGGUCAAACGGCGCGAGGGCGAGUUGGUUCUUCAGAGUGCGAAAGCAGGAUUUCUUUAUUCCGGCGACUGGGUCGCCCAGCGACAUUUGAUUCCGAACUGGACAGAGUUGGAACGGAUGGUUUCAGAGACGCCACAUUCGGACAAGGAAUCGCAUGAUCGGUGA